GUGGGGCGGUCCCGGCCCGGAUCUGGAGCCUCCAGGGUAGAAACCGGGCAACGCCUUUCGCCUUCUCCGCCCGCGAAGUUCGCAGCACGCUGCACGAUUCUAGAGACGCUGUCUGCUGGCCCGAGGUUGGGCGCUGUCAGUUCCUGAUCCCGCGGUGCCCGCUGGAGUUUCAGAUUCUAGAAGAGAGGAGCCGCCCCCUCGCCUCCGGCUCCGGGCGCGUGGGGCAGGAGCCCGGAUUCUCGGCUGCACACACCGGGGGCUGCCCUCGUGGGUCGCAGGCGGAUUGUGCUGUGUGGGCCGCCGUGCCGCCCGAGCCCCUCCACGGGCGGCGGCGGAGGAGGGAGGGCCGUGCGCCGCGGGAUGGCUGCUGGCGCGGCGGCUCCGGGCUGGGCACCGCGGGCACUCCAGCUGCUGCUGUUACUGUUGCUGUUACUGUUACCGGUGCGCGCGGCCGCUCGGGAAUCCCCAGCCGCGGCCCGGCUCAGCCUCCACCCGCCCUACUUCAACCUGGCCGAGGCGGCGAAGAUUCGGGCCACCGCGACCUGCGGGGAGCCCGAGCCCGGCGGCGCGCGACCCCGGCCGGAGCUCUAUUGCAAGUUAGUAGGGGGGCCCACCGCCCCGGGCAGCGGUCACACGAUCCAGGGGCAGUUCUGUGACUACUGCAAUUCUGAGGACCCCAGGAAAGCACAUCCAGUCACCAAUGCAAUUGAUGGAUCGGAACGUUGGUGGCAAAGCCCUCCUCUCUCCUCAGGCAUACAAUACAACAAAGUCAACGUCACCUUGGAUCUAGGGCAGCUUUUCCAUGUGGCCUAUGUUUUAAUCAAAUUUGCAAAUUCUCCUCGUCCUGAUCUUUGGGUCUUGGAAAGAUCCGUAGACUUUGGGAGCACCUACUCACCUUGGCAAUAUUUUGCGCAUUCUAAAGUAGACUGUUUGCAACAAUUUGGGCAGGUGGCAAAUACAGCUGUCACCCAAGACGAUGAUGUGCUUUGUACGACUGAAUAUUCCCGAAUUGUACCUUUGGAAAAUGGUGAGGUUGUGGUGUCCUUGAUAAAUAAUCGUCCAGGUGCAAAAAAUUUUACUUUCUCUCACACCCUGAGGGAGUUCACCAAGGCAACAAACAUCCGCUUGCAUUUUCUCCGAACCAACACCCUUCUUGGACACCUUAUCUCCAAAGCACAGAGAGAUCCAACUGUCACUCGUCGGUAUUAUUACAGCAUAAAGGAUAUCAGCAUUGGUGGGCAGUGUGUUUGCAACGGCCAUGCUGAAGUGUGCAAUGCAAACAAUCCUGAAAAACUGUUUCGAUGUCAAUGCCGACACCACACCUGUGGGGAGACGUGUGACCGCUGUUGUGCUGGGUACAACCAGAGGCUCUGGCAACCGGCCACAAGGGAGCAAAUCAAUGAGUGUGAAGCAUGCAACUGCCACGGUCACGCCAUCGACUGUUACUAUGAUCCAGAAGUUGAGAGGCAGCAGGCAAGCGUGAAUAUCCAAGGCAUCUAUGCAGGUGGAGGGGUCUGCAUUAAUUGUCAGCAUAACACAGCUGGUGUAAACUGUGAAAAGUGUACUAAGGGUUAUUACCGCCCUUACGGUGUUCCAGUUGAUGCUCCCCAUGGCUGCAUCCCUUGCGGCUGUAACCCUGAGCAUGCAGAUGACUGUGAGCAGGGCUCAGGCCGCUGUACCUGCAAGCCGAAUUUCCACGGAGACAACUGUGAGGAGUGUGCAGCUGGAUACUACAAUUUCCCAUUUUGCUUGAGAAUUCCCGUUUUUCCCAUUUCUACUCCAAGUCCGGAAGAUCCAAUAGCUGGAGAUAUACAAGGAUGUGACUGUAACUUGGAAGGAGUGCUCCCCGAAAUAUGUGAUGCCCAUGGAAGGUGCCUGUGCCGUCCUGGGGUUGAGGGCCCUCGGUGUGAUGCCUGCCGCUCAGGUUUCUACUCCUUCCCUAUUUGCCAAGCCUGCCAGUGUUCAACCCUUGGCUCCUACCAGACACCCUGCAACCCAGUGACUGGACAGUGUGAAUGUCAGCCGGGGAUUACAGGACGGCGGUGUGACAGGUGCCUCUCAGGAGCCUAUGAUUUCCCCCACUGCCAAGGCUCCAGCAGUUCCUGUGACCUAGCCGGUACCCUUGACUCCAGUUUGGGGCAUUGCCAGUGCAAGCUUCAUGUUGCAAGUCCUACCUGCAGCAUCUGCAAACCAUUAUAUUGGAAUCUGGCCAAAGAAAACCCCAAUGGAUGUUCAGAAUGCCAGUGCCAUGUGUUGGGAACAGUGAGUGGAAUUGGAGAGUGUGGGCAGCGAGAUGGCGACUGUCACUGCAAGUCCCAUGUUGGUGGUGAUUCCUGUGACAUAUGCGAAGAUGGAUAUUUUGCUUUAGAAAAGAGCAAUUACUUUGGGUGUCAAGGGUGUCAGUGUGACAUUGGUGGAGCAAUCACCCCCAUGUGUAGUAGUUCCUCUGGAGUAUGCCAGUGCCGAGAGCACAUCGUGGGAAACGCUUGUCAGCGACCUGAAAACAACUACUAUUUCCCGGAUUUGCAUCAUAUGAAGUAUGAGAUUGAAGAUGGCACUACACCUAACGGAAGACAACUUCGGUUUGGAUAUGAUCCCCGGGAGUUUCCUGAAUUUAGCUGGAGAGGAUACGCUCAGAUGACCUCCGUACAGAAUGAAAUAAAGAUCAUGUUGAAUGUGGGGAAGUCAAGUCUCUCUUUGUUUCGUACUAUUUUGAGAUAUAUUAACCCAGGAACUGAAGCGGUAUCUGGCCAUGUAACUAUUUAUCCAUCCUGGGCUAAAGCAGGUGUUGCUCAGAGCAAAGAGAUCAUCUUCCUGCCAAGUAAGGAGCCAGCCUUUGUCACCGUCCCUGGACAUGGUGUUGCAGAGCCAUUUUCACUUGCACCAGGGACAUGGAUUGCUUGCAUUAAGGCAGAGGGAGUCCUCCUGGACUACCUGGUGCUACUCCCCAGGGACUACUAUGAGGCCUCCUCGCUGCAGCUGCCUGUCACAGAACCAUGUGCCCCCGAGGGACCUCCCCAAGCAAAUUGCUUGCUUUACCAGCAUUUGCCAGUGACCCGAUUCCCCUGUGCCCUCGCUUGUGAGGCCAGACACUUCCUGCUUGAUGGGGAGCCGAGACCCUUGGCAGUGACGCAGCCCACCCCUGCACACCCAGUCAUGGCGGACCUCAGUGGGAGAGAGGUGGAGUUGCACCUGCGGCUGCAGGUCCCGCAGGUAGGCCACUAUGUGGUUGUGGUCGAGUAUUCCGCGGAAGCAGAGCAGCUGUCUGUGGUUGAUGUGCACGUGGAGAGUUCUGGGUCUGUCCUGGGCAGCCAGGUGAACAUCUACAGCUGCAAGUACAGCGUCCUCUGCCGGAGUGUUGUGACUGAUGGUAGGAGUCGCGUUGCAGUGUAUGAGCUGCUAGCAGAUGCAGACAUUCGGCUCAAAGCACAUACAGCCCGAUUCCUUCUGCAUCAAGUUUGCAUCAUACCCAUUGAAGAAUUCUCAACUGAGUAUUUGAAACCUCAAGUCAAAUGCAUUGCCAGUUAUGGGCCGUUUGUUAAUCCAAGGGCCAAUUGUGUCUCCCUAUCCCCUGAAACUCCUCCAGCAACAUUAAUUUUGGAUGUCCCAAAUGGUGGGUCUCCCUAUCUACUAUCCCAGGAUGCUUCACCUUCUGCUGAUAUUGUUACUGGAGUCACCUUGAAGGCACCACAGAACCAAGUGACACUGAGAGGACUUGUACCACGUCUAGGCCGAUAUGUCAUUGUCAUCCAUUUUUAUCAACCAUUGCACCCGACAUUUCCUGCACAGGUGUCUCUGGAUGGAAGCCAGCUGCAGCCUGGUGUCUUCCGUGCCUCUUUUUGCCCCCAUGUGCUUGGAUGCCAGGACCAAGUGAUUGCCGAAGAUCAGAUUGAGUUUGACAUCUUGGAUCCUGAGGUGGCCGUGACUGUGAAGGUUCCAGAAGCAAAGUCCUUAGUAUUGGUCCGUGUUCUAGUGGUGCCUGCAGAGAACUACAACUACCAAAUACUUCACAAAAAAUCGGUGGACAAGUCAUCUGAGUUUAUCACCAAUUGUGGAAGAAACAGUUUUUAUAUCAACCCCCAGACAGCCUCCGGAUUCUGUAAGAACUCCGCCAGGUCCCUGGUGGCCCUUUACCACAAAGGCGCACUGCCCUGUGAGUGCCACCCCACCGGAGCUGUUGGCCAUCACUGCAGCCCGGAGGGUGGGCAAUGCCUGUGCCAGCCCGGGGUCAUUGGGCGGCAGUGUACCCGCUGUCGAACGGGCUACUACGGAUUCCCACACUGCAAGCCAUGCAACUGUGGCCGGCGCCUUUGUGAGGAGAUGACGGGGAAGUGCCUCUGCCCUCCGCGCACGGUCAGGCCCCAGUGUGAAGUGUGUGAGACACAUUCCUUCAGCUUCCACCCCCUGGCUGGCUGCGAAGGCUGCAACUGCUCCAGGAGCGGCACUGCUGCUGGGGCUGCCACCUCAGAGUGCGACAAAGACCAUGGGCAGUGCAGAUGCAAACCCAGAAUCACAGGGCGGCGGUGUGACCUAUGUGCAGCCGGGUUUUACCACUUCCCGGAGUGCAUUCCCUGCCACUGCAACAGAGAUGGGACUAAGCCAGGGGUCUGUGACCCUCAGACUGGGGCUUGCCUCUGCAAGGAGAAUGUGGAAGGUGCCGAAUGCAAUGUGUGUCGGAAAGGGUCAUUCUACUUGGACCCAGCAAAUCCCAAGGGUUGUACCAGCUGCUUUUGUUUUGGAGUAAAUAAUGAUUGUCAAAGUACACAUAAGAGAAGAACUAAGUUUGUGGAUAUGAUGGGCUGGCACCUGGAGACGCCAGACAGAGUGGACAUCCCCAUCUCGUUCAACCCGGGUAGCAGCAGUGUGGUUGCAGACCUCCAGGAGCUGCCCUCAGCAGUUCACAGUGCAUCCUGGGUCGCACCGGUAUCCUACUUGGGGGACAAGGUUUCCUCAUAUGGUGGCUACCUCACCUACCAAGUCAAGUCCUUUGGCCUACCUGAUGAUAUGGUUCUUCUGGAAAAGAAACCAGAUGUGAGACUCACUGGUCAGCACAUGUCCAUCAUCUAUGAGGAGCUGAAUAACCCACGGCCAGACCGGCUGUAUCAUGUGCGAGUGCAGGUGGUAGAGCACAACUUCAGACACGCCAGCAGCGGUGCCCCGGUGACUCGGGAAGAACUGAUGACGGUGCUGUCUGGACUGGAAGAUGUGCGCCUCCGAGGCCUCUACUUCACUGAGACGCAGCGGCUCACCCUGAGUGGGGUAGGGCUGGAGCAGGCCUCUGACACAGGAAGUGGUCGUAGAGCACAUCAUGUGGAGCUGUGUGCCUGCCCCCCUGACUACACUGGUGACUCAUGUCAGGGUUGCAGCCCUGGACACUACCGGGAUUUAUAUACUGGACGGUGUGCUCCCUGCAAUUGCAACAGACAUUCAAAUCGAUGCCAGGAUGGCUCGGGAAUCUGUAUUAACUGCCAGCAUAACACUGCUGGGGAUCACUGUGAGCGCUGCAAAGAGGGUUACUAUGGGAACGCCAUCCAGGGAUCCUGUAGUGUCUGCAUGUGUCCUCAUUCAAACAGUUUUGCCACCGGCUGUGUUGUGACUGGGGGAAAUGUACAAUGCUCCUGCAAACCCGGAUACACAGGAACACAGUGCGAAAGGUGUGCGCCAGGAUAUUUUGGGAAUCCCCUGAAACUUGGAGGUAGCUGCCAACCAUGCCGUUGUAACAGCAAUGGCCAUUUGGGCAGUUGUGACCACCUGACUGGAGACUGCAUAAACCAAGAACCCAAAGAUGACAGCCCUGGAGAAGAAUGUGAUGAUUGUGACAGCUGUGUGAUGACGCUCUUGAACGACCUGGCCACCAUGGGAAAUGAGCUCCGCCUAGUCAAGUCCCAGCUGCAGGAACUGAGUGCCAGUGCAGGUGCAGGCAUUCUGGAGCAGAUGGGGCACUUGGAGACACAGACCAAGGACCUGAGGAAUCAGCUACUCAACUACCGUUCUGCCAUUUCAAAUCAGGGCUCAAAAGUGGAUGGCCUGGAAAAAGAAUUAAGUAAUUUGAAUCGUGAGUUUGACGCUUUGCAAGAAAAGGUUCAAAUAAAUUCCAGAAAAGCACAAACAUUAUAUAACAAUGUUGAUCGGACAACCCAAAGCGCAAAAGAGCUGGACACAAAGAUUAAAAAUGUCAUCCGGAAUGUGCACAUUCUCUUGAGGCAGAUCUCUGGGACAGAUGGAGAAGGAAACAAUGUGCCUUCGGGUGAUUUUUCCAGACAGUUGGCUGAAGCAGAGCGCAUGAUGAGGGAACUGCGGAAUCGCAACUUUGGAAAGCACCUGAGAGAAGCAGAAGCUGAAAAAAGAGAGGCUCAGCUCUUGCUGAAUCGGAUAAGGAGCUGGAUGGAAAACCACCAGGUGGAAAACAAUGGACUUGUUAAGAGCAUACGGGAUUCUUUAAAUGAAUAUGAAGGCAAACUCACUGACCUCCAUGCUGUGCUACAGGAGGCAACUGCCCAAGCAAAGAAGGCCACUGGCCUCAACCAAGAAAACGAGAGGAAUUUGGAAUUCAUCAAGAGACAAGUUCAAGAAAUGAAUUCCCUACAGAGUGAUUUCACCAAGUCUCUAGCCACUGCAGACGCUUCCUUACUGCAAACCAACGUUGUGCUACAGCUGAUGGAGAAAAACCAGGAGGCAUAUGAAAAAUUAGCUGCCACUUUAAAUGAAGCAAGAGAUGAACUAACUGACAAAGUGAGAGAACUUUCCAAAUCUGCCAGCAAAGCAUCGCUGGUGGCCGAGGCAAGAAACAUGCAGCAGUCCUUACAGGAGCUGGCAAAGCAGCUGGAAGAUAUCAAGAGGAAUGUCAGUGCGGAUGAGCUCGUGCGCUGUGCGGUGGACGCGGCCACUGCCUACGAGAACAUCCUCAACGCCAUCAAAGCAGCGGAGGACGCGGCUGACAAGGCCACUAGUGCCUCUGAGUCUGCCUUCCAGACAGUGAUAAGGGAACGUCUUCCAGCAAAAGCGAAAAGCCUGAGUUCUGAGAGUGGUAGACUGUUAAAUGAAGCCAAGAUAACACAGAAGAAGCUACAACAAGAAAUCAGUCCAGCUCUAAACAACCUACAGCAAACUCUGGAAAGUAUGACCAUUCAGAAAGAGGUGAUGGACACCAAUAUCACUGCCAUCCGCGAUGAUCUUCGUGGGAUAGAGAGAGAUGACAUCAACGGUAUGAUCAAUAGUGCAAAGAGUAUGGUCAGAAGUGCCAACGACAUCACAAAUGAGGUUCUAGAUGGGCUCAAUCCCAUUCAGACAGAUGUGGAAAGACUUAAGGAUACUUAUGGGAGCACACAGAGUGAAGACUUCAAUAAGGCUCUUACUGAUGCGGAUCGCUCAGUAAAGAAAUUAACCAACAAACUGCCUGAUCUUUUGAGCAAGAUUGAAAGUAUCAACCAACAGCUGUUGCCACUGGGCAAUAUCUCUGACGAUGUGGACCGCAUACGAGAGCUAAUUCAGCAGGCCAGAGAUGCUGCAAAUAAGGUCGCCAUCCCCAUGAGGUUCAAUGGUAAAUCUGGAGUUGAAGUUCGGCUGCCAAAUGACCUGGAAGAUUUGAAAGGAUACACAUCUCUUUCUUUGUUUCUCCAAAGACCUGAAUCAAGACAGAAUGGGGGGACUGAGAAUAUGUUUGUGAUGUACCUUGGAAAUAAAGAUGCCUCCAGGGACUACAUCGGCAUGGCAGUCGUAGACGGCCAGCUCAGGUGUGUCUACAACCUGGGAGACCGUGAGGCUGAACUCCAAGUGGACCAGACCUUGACAGAGAGUGAAACGCAGGAGGCGGUUAUGGACCGGGUGAAAUUUCAGAGAAUUUAUCAGUUUGCAAAGCUCAAUUACACCAAACGAGCCACAUCCAAUAAACCAGAAACACCUCACUUACAUGACAUGGACAGUGGAAAUAGCAACACACUCCUGAAUCUGGAUCCUGAAAAUGUUGUAUUUUAUGUUGGAAGUUACCCACCUGAUUUUAGACUUCCUAGUAGACUGAAAUUCUCUCCAUACAAAGGUUGUAUUGAAUUAGAUGACCUCAAUGAAAAUGUUCUGAGCUUGUACAACUUCAAGAAAACUUUUAAUCUCAACACCACUGAAGUAGAGCCUUGUAGAAGGAGAAAGGAAGAGUCAGACAAAAGUUAUUUUGAAGGUACAGGCUAUGCACGAGUUUCAACUCAAUCAAAGGCUUCCUUCCUAACCUUUUCACAGACAAUUCAGACCACUAUGGACAGAGGUUUGCUAUUUUUUGUGGAAAACCAGGAUCGCUUCAUCUCUCUAAAUAUAGAAGAUGGCAGUCUCCUGGUGCGAUACAAACUGAAUUCAGAGCCACCACAAGAAAAAAAAAUUAAAGACCUCAUAAACAACGGGGAAGAUCAUUUGAUUCAAAUCAACAUUGGAAAACUCCAGGAAGUUAUGUGGAUAAGAGUGAAUUCUCAAAACGUUAAAAUUGACGGUGAAAUAUUUGAUUUCAACACGUAUUAUCUGGGAGGCAUUCCAAUUUCAAUCAGGGAAAGGUUUAAUAUUUCUACACCUGCUUUUCGCGGCUGCAUGAAAAAUCUGAAGAAACCCAGUGGUGUUGUUAGGUUGAAUGAUACUGUGGGAGUAACAAAGAAGUGCUCGGAAGACUGGAAGCUCGUGCGAUCUGCCUCAUUCUCCAGGGGAGGACAAUUGAGUUUCACCAAUUUGGACUUGCCCGGCCAGUUCCAGGCCUCCUUUGGGUUUCAGACCUUUCAACCCAGUGGCAUAUUAUUAAAUUAUCCAACACAGACAGGUAGCCUACAGGUCACGCUAGAAGAUGGUCACAUUGAACUCAGCACCAGGCAUAGCAGCAGCCCAAUAUUUAAAUCUCCACAGACGUACAUGGAUGGUUUACUGCAUUAUGUAUCUGUGAUAAGUGACAACUCUGGACUCCAGCUUCUCAUUGAUGACCAACCUCUGAAAAGUAACCAAAGGCUGCAAGACUUUUCAAAUUCCCAGAAAUCUUUGCGCCUGGGAGGGAGUGAUUUUGAGGGCUGUAUCAGCAAUGUUUUUGUCCAGAGAUCAUCAGAGCGUCCUACAGUCUUAGAUUUGACUACUAAGUCUACCAAGAGAGAUGUGUCCCUGGGAAGCUGCAGCUUAAACAAACCACCAUUUCUAAUGUUGCUUAAAGAUCCUACAAGGUUGAACAAAGCCAGGACUUUCAAUAUCAACCAGCCACUGCAGGACACACCCAUGGCCUCCCGGAGGAAUGCAGAGCUUUGGCCAGAGGCUCAGUCUUGCCCAUCGCCUUCCCAGGCCCAAGCCAGUCACAGAGCCCUCAGGUUUGGAGACAGUCCCAGCAGCCACUUGCUAUUCACGCUUCCCCAGGAGGUGCUGAAACCCAGGUCACAGUUUGUUGUGGACAUGCAGACAACAUCCUCCAGAGGGCUUGUGUUUCACACAGGCAUUAAGAACUCCUUUAUGGCUCUAUAUCUUUCAAAAGGACGUCUGGUCUUUGCUUUGGGAGCAGAAGGGAAAAAACUGAGGCUCAAAAGCAAAGAAAAGUACAAUGACGGAAAGUGGCACACGGUGGCAUUCGGGCAAGAUGGAGAAAAGGGGCGCUUGGUUGUGGAUGGUCUGAGGGCACAGGAGGGAAGUUUGCCUGGAAAUUUCACCAUUAGCCUCAGAGCACCAGUUUCACUGGGAUCGUCCCCAUCAGGAAAACCAAAGAGUCUCCCCAAAAACAGCUUUGUGGGAUGCCUGAGGAAGUUUCAGCUGGAUUUGAAACCAUUGGAUACCCCUUCUGCAAGCUUUGGGGUGUCUCCCUGCUUGGGUAGCUCUUUGGAGAAAGGCAUUUAUUUCUCCCAAGAAGGAGGUCACGUCAAACUAGCUAACUCUGUGUUGUUGGGGCCAGAAUUUAAGCUCGUUUUCAGCAUUCGCCCAAGAAGCCUCACUGGAAUCCUAAUACACAUCGGCAGUGAGCCUGGGAGGCACUUGUGUGUUUACAUGGAGGCAGGAAAGGUCAUGGCCUCUGUGGACAGUGAGGCAGGUGGGAUCUUGACAUCGGUCACACCAAAGCGGUCUCUGUGUGACGGACAGUGGCACUCGGUGGCAGUCACCAUAAAACAACACAUCCUGCACCUAGAACUGGAUACAGAUAACAGCUACACAGCUGGACGGCUCCCCUUCCCACCUGCCAGCACUCAGGAGCCACUCCACAUUGGAGGUGUUCCAGCCGAUUUGAAGAUCCUGACGCUCCCCGUAUGGAAAUCAUUUUUUGGCUGUCUGAAGAAUAUUCAAGUCAACUACGUUCCUCUCCCUGUCACUGAAGCUAUGGAAGUCCAGGGGACUGUCAGUCUGAAUGGCUGUCCUGACCACUAACUCAAACCUACCGCACAGUGAGGAAAUUCACCUUCAAAACACUGAUUACCAAUGCACCACCCUCUCCCCACUCAAGGUCAUUCUUCACUUCCGACACCAGGCAGACGGAUUUAAUAGCAAAUCUGAUUUGAACUUCAAUCACACAUAGCCAUCAUUUUGGCAUUCAGUGCUACCUGUGUAUUUUAUAUACAAAUUUCAUUUCUUGAAGAUGAUGAACAAAUUGUUGUAUGCUUUUGGUAAUAUUAUUUUCCACUAAAAAAAUGAAACGUCUUUUAAAGAACAUUGUUUUCCACUUGUUUUAAAAAAAUAAAUAUCUUUUAAAGCACUUUAAAAAAUACAAAACUUUUACAUAUGUGUAGGGGUUAUAAUUUAUGGGGUUAAAUAAAUGCAAUGUACUC